CCACCUCAGGGCGGGUAUCCCAGGUAUCACUAUCCGCCAGGUAACUGGUGCCACGCUGACUAAAAGCUCGACUAUUUAUUUCGAAGUUUCCGCUGACGCUUUGUUUCCAGGCUAAGACCUACCCGCGUCGGCCUGUGGUCGCAUGGCGUCGCGCAGGUUAAGAUCGAGCGAACUGUCGCGAACGCGAGGACGAAGCAGUUACCGCAAUUCGUGCGUGACUAUCCGGUUCCCCGCAUCGCACGUCUCAAUCGCCUACUGGGCGAGUUCUAAACAAGCUUCAGGUUAUCAGUCCGCUUUCCGCAUUCAGUUCUAGUGGCUACAUACGCUUUUGCCGCGGACUCGAACGUUCAAACUAGCUCCUCAGUUCGCUUCCCUGCGUCUGAGUGAGCCCGGACAAUAUUAAGACUGAUACGCUUCAUGACCAACCUUGAGAUUGCCGGCAUGGCUGCGUCGUGAGAGCAACCCCCGAUCCAGCGAAGCUUUUCCGAUGGCCGACCACGGCGCCAGUCGCCCCAUGUCGGCAGGCGGCCGGCCGAAAGCCCCCCCGGAAGGAGGUGUGUCGGAGCUGAUGGCGCGCUUCCAGCGCCACAAGCAGGCCGCCAAGGACCCCCCAGGUUUGUCCUCGCCUCCUGCCACCAUGCGCCCCUCCCCUUCCAGCCCCUCCUCCCUCCCCCUCAGCCGCUCCUCCAGCUGCGCGCUCACCUCCUCGGGGCCCCCAGGGGGGGCUGCAGGGGGGGCAGCCACCCUCCCCUCGUCCCCCUCGUCCUCCUCCUCCGCCUCCUCCACUCCCAAGAGGCGGUCCAAAGCCGCAGCAGCGCUUUCUGCUGCUGGUGCUGGUGGGGGUGGGGAGGGAGGGGCGGAGCAGCUGGCGCUGUCAUCCCCAUCCACUCCCCAGAAGGAGGCAUUGGAGGAGAUGCGAGUAGAGGUGGAGGCACUUAAAGCCGACGUGACGCGGUGGCAGGGUAGGUGCGAGGAGGGGGAGAGGCGGAGGGGGGAGGAGGAGAGGGGGCGGAAGGAGGAGCAGGGGAGGAGAGAGGAGGCUGAGGCGAGGCUCCAGGCGGCCCUGGCUGGGGCAGCUGCUGCAGGGGAGGCAGGAGAGAAAGGUGCGAGCGAUGCGGAGAGGCAAGAGGAGAGGAGGGAGAGGGAGGCGCUGCUAGCAGCGCGGGUGAAGGAGCUGGAGGAGCGGGUGCGGGUGGCAGAGGCGGCACUGGUGGACGCGAGUGAACGCGCGGACAGGGCAGUGAGGGAUCGAGAGGAGGAGGAGCGGAGGAGAAUGCAGGUGGAGCAGGAGAGGCAGGAGGCGGAGAGAGGGAGGAGUGAAGCCGAGGCUCGAGCUGUAGGUGCAGAGAGAAAGGCGGGUGCGUUGGAGGAAAAGUUGGUUGCAGCAGGAACGAGGGUGGGUGAACUAGAGCAGCAGUUAUCAGCAGCAGAGAGAAAGGGAGGUGAGGAAGGGGAGAGGACGGCUGGACUAGAGAGGAAAGUGGGUGAAGCAGAGAGGAGAGCAGCGGAAGCAGAGGCAAGAGCAGUUGAGGCAGAAGCCCGGGCCAAGGAGGCCCAAGGACGGGCUGAGGAGGCGGAGAGGAGGCAUGCAGAGGAGAGGGAAGCUGCCAGGAAAGCGGCCCAAGAUGGUGAGAAGCGGCAUGAGGAGAUGGAGGCAGAGAGGCGACGCCUGGAGAUGGAAGGUGCGGGCAGGGCGGCAGUGGACGCAGCAGCGGAGGGGCAGCAGGUGGUAGAUGAGGGCAGUGCGGGGAGUGAGAAAGUGAGGGGGGAAGAGAGGGAGGGAGAGAGGGAGGAGGAGAGGGGCAAGUGGGAGGGGGAGAGGAGGGAGAUGGAGAGGAGGUGGGAGGUGAUGCAGGAGGAGGUGGGGAGGCGAGAGGGGAGGAUCAGAGAGCUGGAGGACAGGGUUCAGGCGCUCAUGUCAGGUUCCCAGAAUCUUACAGGACUGUCGGGGUCUGAGACGGCAGGAGAAACGGCUGGUUCAACUGAGAAAGGGAUUGCAGGGGAGGGUGUUGCACCUGAUGUGGCACCAUCUGUGCCAGCUGGCGUAGACUCUUCUGACGUGUCAGCAGAGCAGCAGCCUGUUGACGUGGCGCUGCUGCAGCACAAGCUGGAGGUGGCGGUGGGCGAGCUGAAGGGCUUGCGGGCGGCGAAACAGGCGGCAGAUGCUGAGGUCAGCGAGCUGAGGCAGACUCGAGACGACACGAUCAGGCGAGUGGUGGAGCUGGAGACGGAGAAGCAGGAGCUGGAAGCCGAGUUGGAAGAGCUAACCACGGAGCUGCUGAGGGAGCAGGAGAUAGCAGCGGAGGCGGGCAUGGUGGCGGAGCAGGAGUGGCAGCGGCGGCAGGAGGCGGUGCGCGCGCUGGUGCAGCUGGAGAGGCAGCUCUACAGCGCUGGCCCCGCCGCUGCUGGGGUGGGCGGCCCUGCUGGGGUGAGCGCCCUCGCUGCUGCUGGUUACAUUGUAACUAGUGACCCGGGGAACGCGUUUGUGACUUCUCCUGGUGCACUGGAACCAGGGGUACAGGACGCAGUGUGGGGGAGCGAGGAGGAAGGGGGCAGGGAGGGGGUGAGGGCGCGGGUGGGGCUGACAGCAGCCCGCCGAUCCCCCACUGCAGGGGUGGCCACAGCAGCAGGGCCAGCAGCAGGGCCUUACCUCAGGAGGGGACAGUCUGACGUGUCAGCUUUCCACCGGGGCAUUCCCAGCGGGUCCUCAUCCUUCAAGCACGCCGCGGCGCAGCAGGGUGUUAUCGACCCCGGCGGUCUGCUCGCCCAAGAGGGCGCCACUGACUUCCUCGCCACCAAGCUCCCCGAGAUAAAACGCCGCCUGGAAGCAGCCGCUGUCUCGCCCGCCCCUACCCCCUCCCCGCGGCCCUUCCGCCCCGGCCACCGCAUCUCUCGCUCCGGCUCGUUCAGCGCCACGGCUGCUGCUGCCGUGGCGGCUGCCUUCGCUGGCACGGGGUCGCUGGCUGCUGCCAGGGCCAGGGCUGCCGGGGCGUCUCCUGCUGCCAGCCCUGGUGUGCUGCCCCCUGCUCCCCCUCCCCCUCCCCCUUCUGCUUCUGCUGCGGCUCCCUCUGCUGCCGCUGCCGCUGCUGCUGCUGUGACUGCUCACAGGUCAGCUCCGGCUUCCCUCUCGCCGUCUGCAGCUGCCUUUACACCCGAGGCAACUGUCUCAGGUGCUUCUAAUACUCCUAGCAUCUCUACCACCCCAUCCACCUCUCUUGCAUCCCACACUCGACCCGCGCGUCCCUCCGGCCCUCGUCUCGCGGCCUUCUCUGACCCCUCCUCCCCAUGCUUCCCCUCUCCCUCACUCUCAUCAACCACCACCGCAACUUCCCCUGACACACACGCCGCCACCACGGGUACCGCUACAGCAGACACCACUGGUACCAGCACAGACACCACCGGUGCUACAGCCUCUGGUGCUCCACACGGUAAGCCCACCGGCGGCAAGUCAAUGCGGGCGGCGCUGCUAGAGCAGAUGGGAGCCAGCGAGCUGGCAGAUGAGCUGGCUGCUGCCCGGGCGGCUGCUGCUGCCGCCACUGCUCAAGCCGCGCGUGCUGCCAUGGCCGGUGCUGGCAGCGCAGGGGGGGGAGGUGGUGGUGGUGGUGGUGGUGGUGGGGUGAGUGGGAUGCUGAGCUGGCUGACAGGUGGGAUGGCAGGGCAAGGCACUCCUGCUCCUGCUGCAGGUGGUGGUGGCGCUGCUGCUGCUGGUGCGGCGGCUGCUGCUGCUGGUGGUGGUUCAGAGACCAAGGCAAUCCCGAGAAUGCUGGGCGUGGCGGUGCGGAAGCCGUAUGGCAUAGUGCUGACAGGGGACGAGCGAGCAGCCGAGGGAGGUGAAGGGGGGAGCCCCAGAGGCGGUUUCAGCAGCCCCAAGAGUGGCAAGGCAGGGCAGAGCAGCUUGAGUCCGAAGCAAGUCAGGGAUUCGCCUCAAGGCAGGCAGAGAAAGGCAUACCUGCUGCUGCAGCAGCAGCAGCAGCAGCAGGUAUGGCGGCACCAGGCCGCCUUCCUCCACGUGCUGCUGCAACUCGCCCAGCGCGCAGUGGAGCGCAGCGAGGAUGCAGCAACAGCAGCGGAGGCGGUGCUGUCAGCCACGGCACGAGCCGAGGCGGAGAUGAGGGAGUGGGAGGUAGAGCGGCAUCUCUCGUCCGUGUUCGGCGAGAUUCGGCUGUUUAUGCGGCAGCUGGGGGUGGAGCCGGUGAGGCGGCGAGGGGGCGGAGGGAAGGGGGUGGGGGGUGAGGCAGGGGGAGGGGCGUCUGGGGGAGGUGGUAUGUCGACGACGACUGGGCACACCCCGAGGGACCUGGCUCAAGUGAGGGAUGAUCUGACAGUUCUGGUUGGGGCGGUGGAGGCCCGCGCUCGGGCAGCUGCAGUGAAGGAGAGAGCGGUGGGGAGUGUGAAGGAGAAGCCGACCCUGGUGCUGGCUGCUGCUGCUGAGGGUGCUGGGUCUGACGGUGCUGCUGCUGCGGCUGCUGCUGCCGCUGGUUAUGGUGCUGCUGGUGAUGGUGCUGCUGGUGUUGCUGCUGCUGGGGGUGAUGGUGCUGAUGCUGAUGAGCGAAGCAAGAUGGAAGGGGCGGAGGGCAAGGGGGGACAGAAAGCAGUGGAGUCGGAGGCCCGAUUCACAAAUGACAACUCUGGCACUGAGGCUCCAACCGCAACUGAAGCCGCUGCAGCAGCAGGAGACGGAGCCGCCGGUCCGUCAGCCUCUGAGUCGUCGAGUGGACUCGCUUCAGUCACCAAGUCAACAGACACAGGCACACCAGGCACAGAGGGCGAGGAGGAUACGUCUGGCUUCCUCUCUGUGCCUCUCACCCCCCUACGCUCGCCCAUCAUCCGACAAACCCGCAGCUCCUCCCUCGCCUCGCCCUCCCCCUUCUCCUCCCUCACCUCUCCCUCGCCCUUCUCCUCUCGCCUGCCCCCUUUCACCCGUUCCUCCUCUGUCGCCUCCUCCUCCUCCUCCUCCCAGCAGCCUCGUUUCACCCCAUCUCCCUCUCUCAGCGCUACCUCCCCUGUCUUCUCCCCGGCUGCUCUCGCCUCUCUCCGCCCAUCCCUUUCAGCGUCUACCUCAACUGCCCCUGCACCUGCUGCUGCUGGUGUUAGUCCUGCCAGCACGGCUGGGAAGAGCCCAGUGGGCGAUGGGGAGGAGGGGGAUGAGGUGACAGUGGUGGCUCCUCCGCUUGACCUGCCAGAAUUGGUUGUAGUGGAGGAGGGAGAGGAGGAGGUUGAGGAGGGCAGAGAGGAGGAGGGAGAGGAGGAGGGAGCGGGCGAGAACAAGAGAGGGGACAUGGAAAGCGGGGUUGUAGAGGGGGAAAAGGACGAACCGGCGGAUGGGGCAGCAGUGGCUGGUGGGCACGACAUGCAGCGCAACAACCAGGACAGUCCAGGGGCAGAGCGUGCUGGGCACGAGGAGUCGCAGCAGCAAGUAGGGCCGCUGCCAGAAGCAGCAGUGGCAGCAGCAGUUGCAGGAGUGGAGGCAGCAGCUGCUGCAGCAGCAGGUGCAGACAUGGGAGCAGGAGUGGAGGCAGGAACAGAUGGGGCGGAUGGAGCAGGCAAGGCAGUAGCAGAGGGUGGGGAGUCGGCAGCAGGGGCAGUGACUAGAGCAGGGACAGAUGGAGGUGAGAAGGAGGCAACAUCUGCUGCCACCGAUGGUCAAAACUCACUGCCUGAAUCACUCUCUGGUACUGUGCAGCAGCAGCAGCAGCAGCAGCAGCAGGAUGAGAAGCAGGAGUCGAGUAUUUCAGCAUCAGCCCGCACCCCAUCCUUUCAGGACCUCCAACGGCAGCACCUGGAAGCCAAGCAGCAGCUGCAGCGGCAGCAGCAGGACCAGCAGCAGCAGAAGCGGCGCCGGCAGCACCAGCAGCAGCUGCAGCAGCAGCAGGUGGCGCUGCAGCACCAGGUGGUGCUGCUGCAGCGGCAGGAGCAGGCGCUGCUGCAGCAGGCGGAGGAGGUGGCGGGGGAGGCAGCACAGGAGGCGAGGAGAGUAGACGUGCAGCAGCAGGUGGUGAUGGACGUGGAAGGGCAGGUCAUGGCUGUCAGAGAGACCAUCGCGUUUGUCACGCAAGGGAUGCGGGAACGAGGAGAGGGCAGGGGAGGAGAUGGGGGAGGAGGAGUGGAGGGAGGAGGAGAGGAGAAGGGAGAAGUGGAGGGAAGAGGGGAGGGAGGAGGGGAGGGAGGAGGGGAGGGAGGAGGGGAGGAGGGGCUGUUGAGACAGGCGGUGGAGAUAGCGGAGCAGCGGCUGCAGGAGGUGCAGCAGCAGCUGGAGACGUGCAGGGUGCGGCUGCAGGACAAGGAGCGCCAGCAGCACUUCCUGCAGCAGCGCCUCAAGGCCAACCGCCGCCAGCUCGCAGUCGCCCGCUCCGCUGCCCAUGCCGCUGCCGAGGCUGCUGCCGCUGCUGCUGCUGCUGUAACGGCUGCUGGAGCGGCUGCUGCUGAGGGUGGUGGGUCAGCCGAUGCUGUGGGUGGUGGUUCGGCCAAUGCUGUGGGUGGUGGUUCGGCCAAUGCUGGGGGUGGUGGAGGGGCUACUGCUGAGGGUACUGCAGUGGAGGCAGGUACGAAGGAGGCGGAGGAGGGGAAGGGUAGGGCAGUGAGCGUGGCUGUGAGUCGCAGCAGCAGCGGGAGUGGCAGUGGGUGGUGGGGCAUGGGCCCCUCUGCCGGCCCUGCAGCAGCUGCCGCUGAUAGUGCAGGCAAUGAUGCCGGUGUUGCUGCUGCUGCUGCUGUUGCUGGUGCUGCUGGUGCUGCUGGUUCUGGUAAAGAUGCCACUAAGGGGCUCAGUGCUUUGGCUGUGCAUGAGCCAGGAUCGCCUACAGCAGUAUCAGGAGCAGCAGCAGAAGCAGGUGGCGGUGGCGGGGGCAUGCUGGCAUGGCUGCCCAUGACGCCACGAGCCUUUGUGAUGGCAGCUGCGAGCCUUCAGGACUCUUUUAGGCCCCGCACACCACCUGUUGCUGCUCAGUCUCCCCAACAGCAACAGCAGCAGCAACAGCAGCCUAAACAGCAGCAGCAGCAGCAUCGAUCCCAGGCGUUGCGGCCCCCCACGCCACCUCCAAGCACCCUUUCUGGUCGCCCUGCUGCCGGUGCUCCGGCCGCAGAUGCCAUCACGGCUUCGUCUGCCCCUGCCCCUGCCCCUGCCCCUGCCCCUGCCCCUGCCCCUGCCCCUGCCCCUGCCCCUGCCCCUGCCCCUGCCCCUGCCCCUGCCCCUGCCCCUGCGCCUGCGCCUGCCCCUGCGAAUGCUGCUGUUCAUCCAUCGCCAUCUUCCUCAUCCACUGCCCACCUACCCGCUGCUGCUACCUCUUCCUCUCCCCCUGCUGCUGUUCCCCUUGCUGGUGCUAUUCUUGCUGCUUCUGCCCCUGCUGCUGCCCCUGCUGCUGCCCCUGCUGCUGCCCCUACUGCUGCCCCUGCAGCUGCUGUUGAGUCGACUCCAGAUCUGGCCGUUGCUGCGGCUGCCUCUGCUGCUGCUCCGCCUGCUGCCCCUGUACCUGCUUUUGCCCCUGCGCCUACCCGCACUGCUGCUCGCUCUUCCUCUGCCCCUGCUGCCACCGAUGCUGCUGUGCUUGCUCUCCCUUCGCCCGGCGCUGCUGCCACUGCUCCCAGUGCGCCACAGGCGGCAGGCGGCAGGGAGGGCCGCAGCGGGCAAGCCCGGGUGUCUGUUUUCCAUGCAAGUGGGAGGGCUAGCGGCAGGCGGCUGUGGGAGAGCAGUGACAGCUCAGCCACCCCUCUAUUCGGGCUGGAGGUACCAAGCGCUGGCUCCCCUGCUACAGUUGCUGCUACAGUUGCUGCUACAGCUGCUGCGACAGUUGCUGUCACGCCUGGUGCUGCUCCUGGAGGUGAUGGGAGUGGCAGCAGCACAGUUCCUGCUGCUGGCCCUCCUGUCCCCGCCGGCUCCACUGGCAGUGCAGCAGCCAGUGCUGCAGCUCUCAUCGCUGCAGGCCCAACCGCUGCAGCUGCUGCUGCAACUUCCACUGCUGCAGCUUCCACUGCUGCAGGACGCAUGCCAGACGGGCGGCACAGGGGCCGGCGACUACAGGACAACGGCUUUGGCAUAUCACUCUCCGCCCCUCCUCUGGCAUCCACAUUUAUCGAUGCUGCUGACAGGGUCGCAGCACCUACCCCGUCACUCGCUGGGCUGGGCUCCAGAAGCAGGCGGUUGGCUGAUGAUGGAUUUGGCAGUUUGUUUUCCCCCUCUGCUGCUGUGGCUUCUCCUGCUGGCGCUGGUGAUGGUACUGCAGCAGCAGCACCACCACCACCAGCAGCUAGCCCUUCGCUUGCUGGGCUGGGCUCUAGAAGCAGGCGAUUGGCGGAUGAAGGGUUCGGCAGUCUAGUCUCUCCAGCUGCGGGUGACGGGGCUGCAGCAGCAGGAGGGCAUGCGCUGGCUGGGCCUGGGUCAAGAAGCAGGCGAUUGGCCGAUGAUGGGCAUGGGAGCAGGCGAUUGGCUGAUGACGGGCGCGGAGGCAGGAGACUCGGGGAAGAUGGGGUUGGGAGCUCCAGUGGCAAGCGUAUGUGGUGGGGAGGAGUCGAGGUAAUCCCAUAUGAUCACGAAGUUACCACUCCAUCGGCAAUGCAUCAUGGAAUUUGGAAGGACGAGUCAGAUUUCUUUGGCUCAUGAAUUUCCAUAGGCUUGUAGUUGGUUGUUUGAACAUAUUUUUCUAGUAGUGUACUAGGUGGAUGUUUUGCCUGGUCAUUGUGAUAGUGCUGUUUGUUGCUCUGUAAUGAUGCGCAAUUCUGUUU